UCCGGUACACACUCGUCAGAUGCUGGACUGUGACUGAAUAAAAGGUGAAUAACUAAACGGUUCAAGAUGCCGAUGAAGGGAAGGUUUCCGAUCAGGAGGACGCUGGAGUAUCUGCAGAAAGGAGACAUCAUCUUCAAGAACCGAGUGAAGAUCAUGACGGUGAAUUACAACACACACGGAGAGCUGAGCGACGGAGCAAGGAAGUUUGUUUUCUUCAACAUUCCUCAGAUCCAGUACAAAAACCCAUGGGUCCAAAUAAUGAUGUUCAAAAAUAUGACUCCAUCACCGUUCGUGAAGUUCUACCUGGAUGAUGGGGAGCAGGUGCUGGUGGACGUGGAAGGGAAAGACCUCAAAGUCAUUUCACAACAUGUUAAGAAGAUUGUGGGCAAAUCAGAAGAAUUGUUAGAAGCCGAGGCUCUUGCGCGGAUGCAGGCCUCCAACCCUGCAAACUUCGGGCCAACGAAGUACUGUCUGAGGGAGUGCAUCUGUCAGGUGGACGGCCAGGUGCCGUGUCCUGGCACCACGCCGCUGCCCAAAGAGAUGACGGGCAAAUACCGAACACGGAUGGCAGCGUCACAGGACUAAAAGGCCGGGAAGGAGAAGAUACUAUUGAUGAUUUACUGGACAAUAUUAGUAUUUUGUACGAUUACAAUAAAGGACUAACUUAUUGCAUAUGGAUGAUGCCUGGAUUUGCACCAUCCACUCCCAACAGAAAUCCAGCAGCAACGCUCUUCAGCAUCCGGGAAGUUCAUUCUUUGGGUUCCUGUAGGUUUGGAUAUGUUGAUAUCAAACCUUGUGCUUGUACAUAAUGUGACCUGGUUAAAGAUUCCUCGCUGAAUGUUCCAGUGUAAACAUUCAAAUAAAACCCAGAUUUGUGGCUGUA